GCGCCCGCCGCCAACACCGGCGCUCCCGCUCCAGCAGCCCACUCCAGCACCCGCCCCGCCCUCCGCCGCUGGAGCGAUGCUGGCCGCCCUGUCGGUGUUGUUGUUGUGCCUGGUGGCGGCCGCGGCCGCGGAGCGCCCCGCGGACGUCCCGGCCGCCCCCGGCGUUGAGGUCCCCGCAGGCGACACGUCGUGUCCGGGCGCUGUGGGGCAGGCCGGCUGCCGCCGACAGCGCGCCAUGCAGGGAUACUCCUCACCGAGCAGAGAGAAGGACGCGAACGACAUCGGCGAGGAGGGCGCCGAAGACGACCCCGCCUUCGACAAGCGGGUCCUACACGAUGCCAGGAUGACGGAGGACCUCCGCAGGGGUGACGACGAAGACGAGGGAGAGGAAGACGAUGCCAGGAUACACGAUCAUCACGAUGACGGAGACCACGACGUGCAAGAAGGACGCAGCAAACGGGGAAGCAGGCAAAAGAUGAAGAAGAUAGACGCCACCAUGCUACAGGGGCUGCUGGCGCUCAAGAUGAUGCCCCUCAUGUUCAUCUCCAGCAAGGUGGCGGUGCUGUCGUUCAUGGUGCAGCUCAAGUCCCUCUUGCUAGCCCUCGUGUCCACCGCCAUGGCCGCCGUCCAGUUCUUCUGGCAGUUUCAAGAGAAGCGUCAGCGCAACAACCACCAGUCAGCCACACAGCACCACCUGCACCUUCAGCACCUGGCCGCGGCCGCCACCCCCGCGGCCGCCACCAACGGCUGGGAGGACCAGUCCAUGUGGCCAGACCGCCGAAAAUACAUUUCUUUUUAGCAGAGGGUCGGGACCGGGAGGUUUGGUGACGGUGCCGGGGAGGGCCCCCUACGGCGGCGGGGCCCUCCCCUGGCGAGGCCCCUACGUGCUGGUCGCGCGGCCCGCGCCCGGCAACGCCGGAGAGCUCCAGCAGUUCCUGCGGUGGCUCAAGGAGCUGUGGUUGGAGUACAAGGUCCCCGUCGGACAGCUCAUCGACGGUGGGAGCCGCGUCGUGGAGGCCGUGAAACGACUGUCGCAGGACGUUAGGACCGCGGCCGAGGACGCCGACGUUUUCAACCACGGCGUUCGCUUCGACCCCUUCCGAUACGUCGGCCGAAUUGCGCGGUACAUCGGUCGUAUUGCAAAAGAUCUCUUUCGGAUUGCAAAGGACGGCAUCUACAUAUACAAGAGUAUCAAGAUACUCUCGGCGCCUCGCUAAGGACGAACUCCGCCGCUGGUGGCUAGUGCCCCUAGUGGGCGCCUGCGACCAGACAGGUCGGCAACCCAACCAACUUGCUGUACGAUUGGGUUGCUUGCCCACUCGGUUCCUUAGACGACUCGCAAUAUUGCCGUUCUCGCUUAGAUCCAUCUGUGUGCUUCGCCUUUAAAGCAGAAAUUAGGGAAUUGUGAUCAGAACCAGUUAUCAAAUUCACGCUGUUCAAAAAUGUAAACCGUAUUGUACGGUAGAGAUCUGGCCGGUGACUGCAUUGAAUACUUUCAAAGUAGAUUUUUAUUUGCUGCUUAAUUUUCUCACUUACUAGAGUACUACUCUAAAUCAGUACGGCGCAUAUGGUCUUUAUAAUUGUGUACUGUGCUAGUGCCCUUGGCCCUUGCAAUGUUUGUACCAAAGUUACCCUAUAGACAAGGGCAUUAAUCUCGUUUGUACUAGCUUUUAUUUAUUUAAAUGAACAAAAACGUUUGC